AUGACCACAGAAACUGAAAAACGUGCUUUGGAGGACGAUACAGUUGAGUCGAAGAGAAUCAAGUAUGACAAGGGUAUAGCGCCUAUUAAACCGGAGUUUAUAGUCGAAAACCCUUCAGUUCCAGCCGAUGAUCGUUACGUCAACGAUGACGAUGCCGAAGCAGGAGAUCGUAACGGUGAGGAAAAAGGAAAGAAAAAGAAGCGGGGACAGAACAAAAAGAGAGAUAUGAGACAGCAACAUGAGGAAGUGAGGCUUUGUUCUAGUUUAUUGGAUCCAAGCAACCCGGGAACUUGUCGUUUUGGACCAGAACAUUGUAGAAGUACCCAUGAUGUGACCACCUACUUGGCAGCAAAAGCACCAGAUAUCGACGGUGUAUGUCCAGUAUUCAAGUCAAUUGGAUAUUGUCCAGCUGGCUUGAAAUGUAGAUGGCUCAACUCUCAUUAUGAAGAUGGGAAACUCAAGAGAGACCAAAGUCAAAUAGAUGCUUACGCUUCCAGUGGUCAAGGAGAAGUGAACAAGAUUUCCACCGAAGCCAAACUUGCGCUACAGAAGAAAAAGUAUUUGUUUGAGGUGUCAGACAACGUUAUCAAGUACUUGGACCUGCAAGUUCAAAGCGAUGAGAAUAUUGCUAAAAGGGAAGAAGCCAAGGAAAAUAAUGCUAGUUACGUUGAGGCGCCGUUCAAGAUUGCCGAAAAGAAGAAGCUCGAUUUGAGAGGGGCAAAGAUUGUUUCUCCCUUGACUACAGUUGGAAACUUGCCAUAUCGUAGGCUCAUGAAGACGCUAGGUGCGGAUGUGACCUAUUCAGAAAUGGCUCUUUCGCUUCCAUUGCUUCAAGCUACCAACUCCGAAUGGGCACUUCCAAAAGCACACAGCAGUGAAUACCCUGGUUUUGGCGUCCAAAUUGCUACAUCCAAGCAUUGGGCUGCUGCCAAAGCUGCUGAAGUUAUCUACAAGGAGACGACCCAUGUGUCGGAACUCAAUUUGAACUGUGGAUGUCCAAUUGACUUGCUUUACCGUCAAGGACAAGGCUCAGCAUUGAUGGAACAACCUGCUAGAUUAUUGCGUAUUUUGAAGGGUAUGAAUGCUAGUUCUGGUGACAUUCCUGUUACAGUGAAGAUCAGAACCGGUACAAAAGACAAUAAGAAUACUGCUAAAUCUUUGGUUGAAAGAGUGUUGGCGGAAAAUGAUGUCGCUGCCAUUACAUUGCAUGGCAGGUCGAGGCAACAGCGGUAUACCAAGGAUGCCGACUGGGAAUAUAUUAAAGAAGUUGGAGCGGUCGUUACUGAGUGGAACAAUAAGAAGGAAGAAGAUAAAGAAUCGAGUGAAACGAACAGAACCAACUUUGUUGGAAAUGGAGAUGUUUUCACCCAUGAAGACUGGUAUAAUGCUGUGAAUACGGAAGGGGUAGAUUCGGUUAUGGUUGCAAGAGGAGCAUUGAUCAAACCGUGGAUAUUUGAAGAGGUAGAAGCUCAGCAAUAUCUUGAUAAGUCUGCAACUGAAAGACUUGAUAUUCUCCGGAAGUUUGCCGAUUUCUCUCUUGAGCAUUGGGGAUCAGACGAAUAUGGCGUUGGAUUAUCUAGACGUUUCAUGUGUGAGUUUUUGAGUUUCACCCAUCGGUAUAUUCCUGUGGGCAUCUUGGAGAGAUUACCACCAAAGAUCAACCAAAGGCCACCACAAUGGCGCGGACGUAACGAGCUCGAGACAUUAUUGGGAUCUACAGACUACAAGGACUGGAUCAAGAUUACCGAGAUGUUCUACGGUAAGACUGGAGACAAUUUCACAUUUAUUCCCAAACAUAAGAGUAAUGCCUACGAAAGUGGAUAA